AUGACGGUUGAUGAAUACUCCAACCAGUUCAUUCUCAUUGCUGCCGAUGCCGACAUCUCCGAUAAAGAGCAAGUCCCUUACUUCCAACGCGGGUUAGACCCGCGCGUCAUGGACAAAAUAUACGACAAGGAAGUUCAACCAAAGGAUACGAUUCAGGACUGGAUCAAUACAGCCUGCGAAAUAGAUGGACGACUUCGAGCCAGAACAGCUCAAAAGGCCAUCCUCGCCAACUCCACCUCCUUUCGAAGCGAUUAUCUGAAUCGUUUUCAUAACCAAAUCUCUCCCCGCUACAAUUCCACAAACGCCCCUCGCAGAAUGAACAACCAGGUGGUUGACAUGGACAUUGACGCUACCAGAAAGCGUAACGCCGAAAAGGCGUUCGCCCAGUUCGAGGAAACUCGAAAAGACGCCUGGGUACGACAGGGAGAGGAAACCGCGCGGUUGAUUUGGAGGGAGAAGACGACGCACCCGUUAUGGGAAACCAAGCGGGAAUAUAUCAAGGAAUGGAGACAGAGGACAUUCACCGCAACAACCAGCGGGUACCACAACCUGGUCCUUCGAUGGAACGUCCUCACUCUACCCCAUCCGGACGACCCCAGACGAACCAUGGGCAGCGCACUAUGCUACCUAACGGACGACGGGGAGACGGAGGCGUCAGUCAUUCUGCUCGAAUCGGAGCAGUACUCGGAGAAUUAG